AUGGAUCUGGCUUCAGGAUUUCGUCUUUUGCUUUUCGGAAUGACAUCGCUUCUACAUUCUUGUUUACUUCUCUACGAGUGUAAAAAGUUCGAUGGUUAUGAGUUUCCAGUUUACUCAACAAAAUACUGUCCAAGAAACGAAACAGAGUGGAACCAGAGGUUUUCUGCUAUCAACUGUACAAAAGAUAAUGGAUACAUGUGUUUACCAAACGAAAAUAUCACGGAACUGUUAGAGUUCUGUUAUAAAUAUCCUUUCAUAUUGAUACAAGAAGAUAUUUGUUUGUAUUUGAGAAAGCGCUACUCAGCUGUGGAUUCCUACAACUGCACUAGUUUCCUGUCUGGAUGUCCAAACACUUCUCAUGUCUCAUACAAGCUGUUUGAAAAACAUCAUUGCACAUCAAUAGGUAACGGCUGUUUCCUUGCUGAACGAUCUUGUCAAAGGUAA